AUGGAGCAGCCCCAAUGUCUAAAGAAGAGCCCCAUGAAAGCGAAGCGGCGUGGACUGAGCCUAGGUGCGGGUGUUCGAGCAGGCCUGUCUAGAAGUGCUGAGAUGACGCUGAUACAUGGGACUGAUUGUGUAGAAAUACCAGGACCACAAAUUUCAUUAGAAAUGGCAGCCCCGACGAAGGUCCAGCACAGACGGCCAGGGGAGUUGGUUUCCCCUGAGGAAGAUGACCCCAAUGAGUCCGAUUUGGACACGCGGACGCAAUUAUUACUCGAUAGAUUUACCUCACAUCAUUCGCCGGCGAAAAACAGUACCGGGAAAACUACAGCCAGUGACAAUAUGUCUGAUUUACCGGCCAAACAGGUGCAGGGCCGGUCAGGUUGUUUACCGGGGCAUACGAAAAGCUCUACGAAUCCCCAAGAAUCAUCGUCCAAAGCGAAGCGCCUUGAGCAUUAUUCACCAGUGCAAACUGCGUCAGCGGGCAUUCCAAAACGCUCAAAAAGGCCCACCGGAAUGAGUGCAGUAAAACAAUACGUACCGCCAAUACAAAAGGGUUCCAGCGACUCAAAUGGACUAGGUGCAAAGUCUCUAAAGCAGUCUCCAUCCAAGGUAAAGCAAACGACACUGCCUCUGUCGCCAACUGUCACCCGAAAAGCUAAAAAAUCCGGCCUCUUACCCGGAACAUCUUCGAACACGCAGACCAAAACCUUGAAGCCCAAUGGACGUCCGAAAAAUAUCUUGAGUCGAAAGCCGGGACAGCUAAACAACAAGAAAGCUAUGGAAUUGGCGAGUAGGCCAACACCCAAAACUACGCGAAAAGACCCUUGGCGAGCAUACGUCCCCUCUAGCUCUGGCCAGCCCUCAAAAUUUACUCCAUCGUCUAUAAAUACGAAUCAACCGAGAAAAAACCUACCGGCCCCCUUACAGCAAUAUGGCCGACCAGCCUGCGCAUCGUCCUCUUCAGACGGCGACGAAAUAAUAUUUCUAUCUCCAUUAUCAUCUCCAGAUGCACUGUCUUCGAGUAAAUAUGAACCGAUUGCGUCACUUUCAUCUGCUCCUAUUCCGAGCUCUUCCAGCACCGCAUCAAGGCUUUCAAAAGCACCACGCUUACCGAACAAUGAGAUCGUCAAACCCAGAAACACACCUAUGCUUACCCCGUCAAUGACUUCAAGUGAUGGACCUAAUCCUAAUGAUCUUCCAACCCUAAGUGAUAUGAGGAAACCAGAUAUCACCCCUAGUAAAAAACAAGGAUCGUUAUUGAAAUCACUGUCUUGUUCAUUGCUAGGUGUAAAUGGGAUGAGCAGCAAAUCUGGCAAUGUUAACUGCACAUCUGUGAGUAAGUUACGUGAAAAAAUACAGCCGUCAAAAUCACAGCAGAGAGAGCGUCAAAUUGUUUCCAGUCCAACCAACAAUGUGUCCCUUGACAAUGAAAACACACUGAAAGUUAUCACAAAACAAGAAACCUCGGCGAGCUCAAAAACAAACAACACGCCAGUUUCAUUCCCCAACCUCCCUCAAACCAUUAGAAGCCCACUGAACUCUCCGCAUCUUAAUAAAAAGCCAUCAUUUCAGAACAGGAUUUUCCACAACAGCUCAACUACUAGCCUGCAAAAAGCCCCAAAGGCAGCUAAAGACGGUUCGAUGGCGCCCAAUUUUAACGACAAAGGACAAAGAGGGGAGCCUGAAGUAAGACGUUCUGGCCGCAGUCGAAGAGGGCCUUCAAAUUACUAUGCGCCCCCUCAGGGGUAUUCAUCGCGCCGCUUUACCCAGGAAAUCAUCUAUUUGGAUAGCGAUGAUCAAGAAGAACCCUCGCCGGAACCAAUCAUCGACUCCCACAGCCCACCUAAUUCGCCCAUGAGUCCAAUUCCGUCCUGUCAUAAAGUGGUUUUUCAAUCUGAUGACUUUCAUAUAACUCAAGAACCCCUGAUAUCCGGUACUCCCAGCGAUAUUUCCGAGGAAAUCGGUAAAGCACAUAUUCCUUAUCACCGGCAAAAAACCCGGAAUAAUCUGUCUUCAUUUUGUAGGAUGCGCGGCAUUGUACAUGUUGAUUUUGAUUUUAGCGAAAUGCAUGCAGUCUAUACAUUCCUGACGGGCGGAAAUUCUACUUUGGAGGAUGACACACCCAUUCAGACACUUGUUUCCGAUGCUCUUCGUCAGUAUGAAUCCGGUGGAAAAGAUGGCGGGCAGUUGAACAUAGAUUGUCUUUUUAAUGUUGCCGACUUGCAACAUCGUGGCCCCAAAGCCAUACACCGAUUUUUGGAAGAUGCAAAAGAAGGGGCACUCAAUUCGUUUCCUUCUAAGCUUCGUGUUUUAGCCGGCACAUCCAAUCACCACAUAAACUUCGAUUCGAGUAAUUUACAAGCUCUCCUCAGAUCUCGUGAAUUAGGGUAUUCAGUACAUCGAAACCGAACUCGCGUCAGCCGUCGUCUCGAGGACCUAAAGAAGUGGGAGAAAUGGAAAUCGUGGACCGGAGCGUCAAGUGAUAUUUUGGUGCUUGCUUGGUCCCCCGAUUCCACGCGGUUCGCAGCAGCAGCAGCAGCUCAAACAGAUGAGCACAGCAUGCGAUAUAAUCGCAACAACAACCUGCUGCUUGGUAACCUUUGCUCAAGUAAGCUCAAAGAGUUGCCCGACCAUUGCAUAGAUCGGCCGAUACCAGAAUCAGGCCCAAAUUCAUACGAGACUUAUGUCAUGGUAGAUCCUAAGCUAUACAUGACUGUGAACUCCUUGCACUGGACGAAUUGUGGCAAUCGCCUCUACAGCGCCAGUUUCGACAAAACGGUGAAGCUUUGGGAUGUAACAUCCCAUAAUAAUGCGACAUGUAUCAAUACUUUCUCACAUCCUGAGAGAGUUCGGGAGCUGGCUGUUUCGCCGUUUGACUCUCAGCUCGUCGCCACUGGCUGCGACGGCCCGAAUUUCUUUCUCUGGCGCGCUGAUGACAAUAGUGGCUUCUCACCAAUUCAGCUCGAUUUUCAACGAGAGAAGCGCGUUAAAAUGACGCCGUCUGCGCUUCAGUGGAGUGCAUAUUCGCGGAUUCUGGCUGGGGGGCUGACUGGAGAAGAUGAUUCUGAUCAUGACCCUAGUAAACACGGUCAUCUCACACUCUGGCGAGUCGACGAGGCGUCUACAACGCCUUUGAAAGUGUUGCCCAAUUCUCAAAAUAUAUUUGACCUUGCAUGGCAUCCAACGUUGCCCAUGCUUGCAACUGGGAACACUCUCGUUUCGUCGCGGGGUAUUGGCAUCGGUCGCGACGCACGAUCGGCCGUUCGGAUUUACGACCCUCUGAGAAUAAGAUUCCCCACUCAGUCUUAUGAGUCUCCUGCAUUAGAUAUUAACAAAGUCACAUUCUGUCCUUCGAAUGAUACCUACAUCACUGCGAGUUGCACAGACGGAGCUACCUAUGUUUGGGAUAGCCGAAACCCCUCCCAGAUUUUACAUAAAAUGAAGCAUGGAGAGCCGAUUCACCGCGAUAGAUUUCCAGACCUUACUCGAGAACAAAGUGAUUUCGGGGUUUCUUUUGCUCUUUGGGAGAAAGGCUUUGAGUUUUACACUGGUGCAACCGAUGGGGUCCUUAAAAGGUGGGACGUUCGUCGAGCCACGGAGGAUGUUUUACAAGAAAAUGUCGCAUCGUUCAACCAGGAGCUGAUGUGCGCUUCAAUCUCGCCUGAUCAUGCGAACAUGGUUCUUGGAGACGCUGCAGGAGGCAUCCAUGUUAUUUCUACCGCCCCGUGGGGCCACUCUGAGGAGAACUUUUCAACAUUCGAACUAGAAAGGGCCAGUGUAAUAGAAGCCGAAAAACCAGCAGAUGAGGGGCGUUCGGCAGCUGCCGAGUUGCUUCUGUCUGGGAAGCUCACGAGACAUCCCAUUUUUGGGCCGGGCAAAGGACCAAACUACAAUGGCCCUUAUGCCCGAUGGGCUCGACCGCAGAAUACUGAGCCUGACAAGCUCGCUUUCACGCCCCUGAUUCCAGAGGUGCAAGCCACUCAGCUUGAUGGAUUGCCCCCUCGUGACAGACGCGGACUAGACAAGAACACCCGAAAGAGAUUAUACAAACUCAUUGAACUGUCAACUAUUCGAAACCAGAAAGUGGGCAAGAACAAACGGAAACGAGAUAGCAGCACAUUCUCACGAUCAUCGAAUUCCAUCCGAGCCGCAUCUACCCCCAGGCCCUCCCCAAAGAAACCUGUUAUUUCGGGCUUCAAUUCAACAUCAUCUAGAAAUGUAUCGCGUGAUGUUACAGCAACACCUGUUUCUCGAAGGCAUCUUUCCACCGUAGAGCCUUUCAAGAUCGAUCCAAACAAUUUUGUUGAUCUAACAAUCGAUUCGGAUGAAGAUGGCCCGAUGCAGGAGGCAGAAACCACCGAAUGGGAUACGACUGAGGCCGAGGAUACAUUAGAGGAGGACUAUUGGUGGCCCGUGAAUGUGGACCCAAACCUCAACAGUAGAUCGAGCUGA